CCCUCCCCCUUUCCUCGCGCUGCUUCCGCGCCGUCACGGCGCUGGGCUGCCGACGCGUCGACCUGGAGUGGGCGUGGCUUGAGCCCGGUCCUCCUUCGCGCCCCUCUGAGGGGACGGAGACUGCGUGGCGCUCGAGGCUCCAGCAGCGGCUCUUCUUCAGAAAAUACCCCUUCAGAGUGGGUUACAAUGGAGAUGGUUGAACCACUCUUGAACAGUGAUGCAACUUCGGACCUUCAAGAGCAGGAGGCCAACAAAGAGGAAGGGCUAGGAGGAGAAACAGAAGAUUCUGAAGACACUCAACUUCUAUGUACUGCAGGUGAUCCAAAGAUGGAAGCCCUGGACAGCAGAAAAGAGAGAAUUGCUAGAGACCCAGAGAGCUGCGAUAUCCCUUUUUAUGUGUCUGAAUUUGUGGAAAGGGAGGUUGGAACAGACUACGAGUCAUUAAGCAAGCUUGGCAGACUUAUUGAACAGCUGUCAGAAAAUAAAGCAAAGCUGGAAGAACAGGUGCUCACAGUUUCAUCUGAAGUUCCCAAAAGAAUUCAGAAGGCCUUACAGAAUGCUGAAGACUCUAAGAAAUCUCUCAAUCAGCUUCUAGAGAAGGAAAGCCUGUUGUACGAUUCAAUUAAUGAACACUUGAUGACAUCCAAGCCAUGGAUGGAGGAUCUCGGUGUAUUGAUAAGUCAAAUAAAAGAAGUUGAAAGGCACCUGGCUUAUUUAAAAUGGAUUUCACAAAUAGAGGAGUUAAGCGACAACAUUCAGCAAUAUCUCAUGACUAACAAUGUGCCAGAGGCUGCUACAACUCUAGCAGCCAUGGCUGAAGUUGAUAUCAAGCUUCAAGAGUCAUCUUGUUCUCAUCUUCUUUCUUUUGUAAGAUCUACCGUUCAAUUCUGGCACAAGAUCCUGAAGGAUAAAUUGUCAAGUGAUUUUGAGGAGACUUUAAAUCAUCUUCAUUGGCCAUUUGUUGGACCAACACAAUCCCAGCCAUUUGGCUUGGCUACACCGCCAGCCAACGCCCAAGAGAUAUACACAAACUUUGAGACACUCUUUUCUCAGCUUCUGAAACUACAAACUUCAGAUGAACUAUUAACCAAACCAAAACAGCUUCCAGAAAAAUACAUUCUUCCUCCAUCUCCACCUAUCAUACUACCUAUGCAGAUCAUGCUGGCUCCUCUUCAGAAAAGAUUCAAGUAUCAUUUCACAGGAAACAGACAAACAAAUGUGCUGAGCAAGCCUGAAUGGUACCUAACCCAGGUACUCAUGUGGAUAGGAAAUCAUGCUAAGUUUCUUGAAGACAAAAUCCAACCAGCGUUGGACAAGGCAGGUGUAUCGGUGAAUGCAAAGCUGGAAUUUUCCCGAGCUUUGGUGAUGCUGAUCCUUGAGAAGCUGGCUGCCGAUAUCCCUUGCUUGCUGUAUGACGACAACCUCUUUUGUCACCUGGUGGAUGAGGUACUUCUCUUUGAGAGAGAGCUGCACAGCGUUCAUGGGUAUCUCAACAGCUUCCCCAGCUGCACGCACAUUCUAUCAGAAGAAACCUGUUUUCAAAGAUGGUUAACUGUGGAAAGAAAAUUUGCUCUUCAAAAGAUGGACUCGAUGCUUUCAUCUGAAGCUGCCUGGAUAUCACAGUAUAAAGACAUUACAGAUGUCGAUGAAAUGAAAGUCCCAGAUUGUGCUGAAACUUUUAUGACUCUGCUACUGGUUAUCACAGAUAGGUAUAAACACCUUCCUGCAGCUGCUCGGAAGCUUCAGUUCCUAGAGUUGCAGAAGGAGUUGGUGGAUGACUUCAGGAUACGGCUCACUCAAGUUAUGAAGGAAGAGACCAGAGUGCCCUUAGCCUUUCGCUACUGCGCCAUCCUCAAUGCUGUGAACUACAUAGCAACAGUCCUGGCAGACUGGGCAGACAACGUUUUCUUUUUGCAGCUUCAGCAGGCGGCGCUGGAAGUUUGUGCUGAUAGCAACGCACUAAAUAAGCUGCAGCUAGGACAACUGGCUUCCAUGGAAAGCUCCGUAUUUGAUGACAUGAUCAACCUCCUGGAGCGACUAAAGCAUGACAUGCUGACUCGUCAGGUGGACCAUGUCUUCAGAGAGGUCAAAGAGGCUGCCAGGAUGUACAAAAAGGAAAGAUGGCUGUCUUUGCCUUCCCAGUCAGAACAGGCUGUGAUGUCUCUGUCAGUCACUGCCUGCCCGCUGCUAAUGACCUUGAGAGACCAGCUCCUACAACUAGAGCAGCAGCUUUGCUACUCGUUGUUCAAAAUCUUCUGGCAAAUGCUUGCAGAGAAGGUGGACUUGUUUAUCUAUCAGGAAAUCAUUCUGGCCAAUCACUUUAAUGAAGGAGGAGCAGCGCAGCUGCAGUUCGACAUGACCAGGAAUCUUUUCCCUUUGUUCUCGCAUUACUGCAAGAGGCCAGAGAAUUAUUUCAAACACAUAAAGGAGGCCUGUAUUGUGCUGAAUUUAAAUGUUGGCUCAGCCCUACUUUUAAAGGAUGUUCUUCACUCAGCCACUGAAAACAGAACUGAAACCACCCUGAAUUCAAGUCAGCCCACAGCAAUGGCAGCAUUAAAUGAACUUGGAAUUUACAAGUUAGCGCAGCAAGAUGUCGAGAUUCUUCUUAAUUUGAGAACAAACUGGCCUAACACUGGGAAAUGAGCAAAUAGAGAGAUUAAUCACUGUUGAAUUCUAUGAGAAACAAAGCCUACUUUUCUCUGUGCUAAACUAAGUUUUUUAGUGAAGAUGAAAGAGCUGUAUACAUGUCACAGUUUCAAAGAUACAAUUUCGUGUUGGGUACAGUUCAGCAAGUAUUAUAAUACUAUAAUUGAACAAUAUGUUCAGCUGGAAUAUAUUAUUGUCCAACACCAGUGUGACAAAUACAGUUUUCUCAGCUGACUUUCUGUGGUAAUCAAGUAAAGUUAUUGUCAUUACAGGGCAUAUUCUAAUACAUCUAAUACAUUGUGUACAUAGAUGUACACAAGCAACAAGCCCCUUACAGGAACAGAUUAAGAGUCUGUGUCUCUUAAUCUCAAGGUCGUGGAUUGGAGCCCCACACAGGGCAAAAGAUUAAUGCACUGCAGAGGGUUGGACUAGAUGAUCCUUGUCCUCCCUUUGAACUCUACAAUUCUAUGAUUCUAUUCUAGGAUCCUUCUAGGAGUUUGUGGGAACUGCAUUUCAUGAGCUAACCUGAGUUGCUUCCCCUUGUUGGCUGUUCAGUCACACAGAAUCCUGUUAAGUCUGGCUGGAUUGUUGCUAGGGUUUUCCAACACCUCUUUGCAAGGGCUCUGAGCUGUUAACACCAGACAUAUUGCAGUGGUCCGCUAUCAACACUAGGGGCUUACAGUGGUUUGCAGCAUUUUCUGUGGUUUCUAUGCCUUCGUCUGGAAGUCUAGAGCACUCUGAAACAGCUGCAGCCCUAAUCAAACUGAAGACCAGCCAGAGAGAACUUGAGAACUGGUUUGUCUUUUUGCCUUCCUGGUCUGUUGUUCCUGUCGACAUCCCCUGUUGCUGAGGACUGAGAUUUUGCAUUUUCCCUGAUGAAGAGCAAGUAGACAACUGUUUAAUUAUUUGUUUGUUGAAAAAUUGGGCUGGGGGGUUGCUACAGGCCUGGGUAGAAAGAGGGGAAAGCAAAAGCAGGAGAAAUAAAAAGGAUUGGUGUCUAGAUAUAGGUGGCCCAGCUAAAGACCGUGGCAGCUCAUGAAUAGUGCAGUAUUUAUAAUUAUCUGGUGAAGACUGGGAGCCAGUGGCCAAGUUGGUCUGAGAGGUUGCCUUGUGUAAAAGGUUGCACAGGAAAGUUUUUAAAGGUGGCCAAACUGUGCAGUCAGAAGUACAGGCAUAGGAGCUUUGGGGUGAAGAAAGAGUUUAGUUUGUUUCAUUUCAUAAAAUUAAUACACUGGUUUAUAAAACAAGGCUCCCCCAAACCUCAAAGCGAUUUACAAGAGAGGAUUUGCCACAAUAGCUGAACUGGGUUGUGAGAAUAAUUGGCUGGCAUGGAAAUGGGGGGGGGGGGGAGAGAGAGAGAAUUUGGCCUGCAGUAAAAGUCUCUUAGAGGCUGGCUCUUGAGUCUUUGGGAAGACUGCAGGAUGUAAAUAUCAGUAUUUCCUUGGGUACAAAGGUUGUCUUUAAUAAAGCAAUGAUCUUAGUUUAAAACAGGCAAGUCCAAAGUCUGUUUCGGGGGCAUGACCCGGCCCCUGUGGCAGUUUAUUUCCUGGGGUAAAAUCCUAAAAAAACCCUCAACAAGGGGUGGGGUUAAAAGAAAGCUCAAUAACUUCAAUCCUAAAAAAAAAGGUCUUUUGGUUGGUCUUUUGGUCGGCCCUCACGGCCCUUCACUUCAUCAAAUCUGGCCCUCUUUGAAAAAAGUUUGGACACCACUGGUUUAAAUUAUAGCACUCCUCUCCAGCCAAGUGUCUCUAAAGAUGGUUGGCUAAGAACAAGGUAUGUAUAUGUUUUGCUUCCUUGGGGUUACUGUUUUCUUGAGUCUGUGCGAUGGCAGGAGGAACAUUGUGUGUCUUCCCUUCUUCAAAAUGGAUCAGGUCCUAAUAUUAAGGAUGUAGACUAGAGCACCACUCUUGACUAAGGUGUCUCUGAGUCUACCACGAAGAGACCAAAACACUUGACCUGUGAAUGUACUAUCUGCUCCUGAGCUUGAAAUUCUCCAUCUUGGGGCCAGAACCAUCUGAACAAGCUAUGAAUUGUGGACUCCCCAUACCCCAACCUGCCUAUCCCAGCAGCCCCAACACCUCUUAAGUAGAAAGGAGUGGGACUUCUUCAUGUUUGCUGGAAUGGGACAUUUUAGAGUGAACCGCAAUCCUAAGUGAUUGCCUUGUAUUUACAACAGUGACAAAAUGAGGUAACAGAAGCAUUGGUUGAUGCUGCAUGAAACAGAAAAAAGUUCCCCAAAGGUAACUUUCCUUCAAAAGCUAAUAAAAACGCUUCACCUAUUUCUUACAAACAUAUAAAUUAUUUUAUUUACAAAGCCAUGUUACAAAAAAUAAUAACAAUAAUAAUAAUAAUAAAGCAAAAACAAAAUGUAACCCCAAAACAAAAGAAAAUACAAUCGCUCACUAGCUAGAGAAUAUCUCCAGGCCUGGUGUUGAACUGUGGCAGUAUCAGUCAGAUACAUGUUUGUUCUUUUUUCAAAACUGUAAGCCAUAAAGUUUUAUUAUUUACACCUUACUUCCGACACAAUUUUCACAAGCAUGGAAUGGGCUCUUUCUGAUACUGCUAAUACAUAAAAGGUGCAGAACAAAGAAUGAAAAUACUUAGUGUUACAAAAUAUGGGUUUGUAGAAAAGAAACUGACUGUACACAUAUGGCAUUUUCUUUUAGAAUGAUUGGACAUGCUUUCUUCAAAAGUCUUCUGGAAAAAGAUUCUAAAACCUGUAGUAGGAAAGCACAAUACAGGAGGUGCAAAGUCAUUUCUGUGCAACAGUUAAUAUUCCCCAUGACUGACCAGCUAUGCAAAACCCACAGAGUUUUGUUAAAGUGCCAUGGGCCAACAGCAUAACAAAAUAUAAGGUGUAAAUAGAAAAUUUUCUUUUUUCCAAACAAUAGUUCACUGAGAAUCAGCAGUAAUAGAAUAUGCUGUAUAAACUAUUCUCUACAAAGGUUGAUCAGCACUAUGUACAAUUGUUAACAUUGAUACAAAAGAAGGCAUACAAGUUA